UGUCGUCUAGAUGAAAAAAAGCCAGUAAAGAAGCUGCUCAAUUUAAUUUUGAGGUGCAAAGCCGGGGCUUCGUAAUUAUUAUAAAUUUAAUCUUAGUUAUUAUUCUCUCACUGAUAUUCAUUCAUUCACCCUAUAACAUUCAAAAAGUAAAAAUAUUUGACAAAGCAGUGAUGCUUCUUUGCACACAGUUAUAGGUACGUGUGAGCACGGUCGGUACCGUAUCUCUGCUGGCAGGAAGUUGAUUGAAUGGAAUGGAAAGUAUUCGGCCUUCGAUCGCUCUCAAAACUGUGACAAACCAUGGAAGCUUCUUUGUUUGCUCAAAUGAUAUCCGAAUCCUUGGCGAAGAAUAAGGAAGAAUUUAAUAAUCUGAGCCAGCUGAUUUGGGCGCACCCGGAAACUCAAUAUGACGAACACUUCGCUCACGCACUGCUGACAGAUUUCCUCUCGAAAGAGGGCUUCGUUGUUGAAAAAGCAUACGCUGGAGUACCUACCGCUUUCCGUGCAGAAAUUGCUACUUCGGAUUACGUCGUAGGGUCCCAUCCGGUUAUUGCAAUUCUCUGCGAAUACGAUGCUCUGCCGGAAAUCGGCCAUGCAUGCGGACAUAAUCUCAUUGCCGUUAAUUGUCGUGAUUGGAGCCAUUUAUGGGUGCCGACAAAAGUCGGCAUCGCUGCUGGUUGUGCUGUACGGGACGUUUUGCUCUCGAAUAGCCAGACGAAAUUUCCGGGAAAGGUUGUAGUUCUGGGAUGUCCUGCGGAAGAAGGGGGAGGUGGAAAGAUUGACUUGAUCAAUUUCGGGUGUUUUCGCGAUAUUGAUUUCGUCAUGAUGGCCCAUCCAUUUCCGCAUGAUGUCUUGCACUGUAUCACUCUGGGAAUUGAGCGUUGCACAGUCGAAUUUUUCGGCAGGGCUACGCAUGCAUCGUGCCAGCCUUGGGAAGGAGUUAACGCAUUAGAUGCCGCAAUAUCGGCGUACAAUGCUGUCAGUUUAUCACGACAACAAAUGAAGCCGGACUGGAGAGCGCAUGCCAUUAUCGCGAAGGGUGGUACUGUCCCAAACGUGAUACCUGAUCAUUCUGAAUCACAGUAUUAUAUGCGCUGCCAGAACAUGGAGGAUAUGGCUAUUCUCAAAUCGAAAUUGAUCCAGUGUUUUGAAUGCGCCGCCGAAGCAACAGGAUGCCGCAUGGUCUUAUCCUGGGAUCCCAAACCGUAUCUGCCCCUACGAUCAAACAGGACGAUGGCAUCCACUUUCGGUGAUUUCGCUCAAGCAGAAAAUCUCGUUUAUGGACCCGAUCCCGGAUUGCACGGAUCAUCUGACAUCGGCAAUGUCUCCAUGGUGGUGCCAACCAUUCAUCCCAGGUUUUUCGUGGGAGAAUCUCAUUUGAUACAUACUAGAGAAUUUCAAAAACUAGCCGGAUCUUCUAAAACUCAGCCGUACUGUCUUCGAAUGGCUAAAAUAAUGGCGUUAACGGCAGUAGAAUUAUUUAUUAACAAAUCUCUUCGUGAGAAGGUGACCAGAGAAUUCGAUGGCUGUUGAAAAUGUGUGAAACACGGUCUGUUAUUGGGUUUUACCGGUUGACUAUAUACCGUCUCAUCAUUAAAAGAAUCCAAAAGAUUAAACAACCUUAAACAUAUCAGAUAUUAGCCCGACAAAUAGCGCCAGAAUGAUCGACGCCUAAACUAAUCUGUUGGACUCUUGCGGAGAUGUUUACCCUUAAAGGAUGAUACUGAAUAUCUCUACCACAGUGAUCUAAUCCAAGCUGUCCAAAAUCAUUAGCGCCCCAUGUGUAGAGAUCUCCUCGUUCCGAAAUAAUCGCGUGAUGCAUCAUUCCACAAUGUAUGCUUUUUAAUGGAUUUUUUUCAUCGAAUUCUGCUGCUUCAAAAAGCCCCAUUGGCAUCGGAGACGGAAAGUCAGCAUUCUGAAUUUCUGGUCCUUUUCCCAGCAGACCAAAGCCCCAUACAAAAGCUUGACCCUGUGCGUUUAUGAGUCCACAAACAGUUCCACCAGCGGAAACGUUUUUGAUUUGGCCAAGUUCUUUAUCAAAUGGUAAAUACUGCGGAUACGGCGUUUGCGGCUCUCGCGUCACUGUUGACAGUUGCUGGUACUCUGAAUUACCCCAACCGAAAACUUGGCCUUUGUCGUUCAAAGCCAGAACGCAGUCCGCAGCGGAUGAGAGAUGCACAAUUCUCUCUCCGGCGAUAUCACCCACGGCUCGCACUGGCACGCUUGUGGUGUCAUAGGUCCCAUUUCCGGUCUGUCCAUCUGCACCCCAGCCACAACUAUACACCUGCCCGCUGGCGGUUAGGAAGUAACUCGUAUCCUGGCUGCAAUGAAUUUUUAUCACGUCGCCGGGAAGGUCUUGGACACGGUGUAUUCGGGAGUUAUUGG